AGAUCAUGGUUCUGGAGUGUUAAGUGGUUCCUGAAAGUUUAGCUCUUUUUACUGUUUUCUUUUGGGUUGGUUAGAUUACUGCAUCAGAAGUAGUGCAUUUAGUCUUAGUAAAAUGAAUUUUUAAGGGGGAAAACCCUUUUGUAGACAUGUGGUCCAAUAAUUGAAUUACAGUUAUGGCAGGAAAUGAGAGAUUUGAAUUAGCUUCAUCCAGUUCUGUGUGGGGUUUUACGGCCAAUUAUCCAGAUGGGCCGAGGGGGAGUUUCUCUGGCCCAAAUUUCGAUAGGUCUGGUAGCUUCAAAGAGAGUGCUGAGAGCCGGAUGUUUGGUUCUGGGAUGGGCACGUCGCGGGGGAGUGGUUCACUGACUGGGGAUUUGCCCCCAUUUCGACAGAGUCUGAUGCUGGAGCCGAUUGUAAUGGGUGAGCAAAAAUACACACGAUCAGGCGAGUUAAGGAGGGUUCUCGGCAUUUCUGUUGGCUGUACCUCGGAAGACAAUUCAUUUGGAGCUACUCAUCUCAAGCCUUCCCCAGCUGUGGCUAUGGAGGAUCUGAAGCGUGUCAGAGCAAGUAUUAUAGAUACCUCUAUCAAAGCCAGGGGUAGAACAAAGAAGUUGGAAGAACUCUUACACAACUUGGGCAAAUAUCACGAAGCUGUGACCUCUAAGAAGCAGAGGCGGAAUGAGCUAUUAAAAAUCGAACGAUCAGGUGGGUUGAACUUGAAGAUGGGAAUCCAGAUUCAACGAACUUCGCCAGAACUUGUAACUCAGAAAUUGGAUGAUCGGCCUAAGAAUG